CUUUUCUUACUACUCUACAUGCAUCUCCACUCCUAAUUUCCUCUAUGAAUUCUUCUGUGCAAAACAGAGAUUUCAAUUAAUUCGUUCGUCGUCUAAGUUUUAAUUCAACAACAAUAAUGGUGAAAUUAGCAUCGGCGCGGGAGAUCCGAAUGUACGGACCGAGGUUGACCCGAAACCGAUUCGAGUACAUCAACGCGGGUCUAUACAUGUUCGCUACAAUAUUGCUUGUGGGUGGGUUCGCAGCUCAGUUCUCAAAACAGCAAUUGUCCGGUUUGGUUUUGUUGCUGAUAGCGUUGGCGGUAAUCGUCGUAGUGAAUGUGCAUGAUCUUCUUGCUCACCUUGCUGCCAUCGAUUAUAGAUUUCUGUUGCUCGGAUUUGACCCGCAGCUUGCUCUCGUCGAAUUCGCCGUGCCCCUAGUUCAGUCCGUUGGAACUCUUCUUUACUUCUUAGCCCUUCUUUUUCUCUUAACUCAGGCAGAAAAGGGGCAUGUCAAUUUCAAAGUGGAGAAGCAAGCUGUGAAUUUACUUAUUGCAGGCCCUGCUCUAUGGCUGCUAGGUUCAAUCCAUAACUCGUGUCAGAUUUACGAAAGAGCGGAUGGGCAUGUGCAAAUCUUGCAACAAAGUGUCAACAUUCCCUUCCUGUUAGGCAGUUUAUUGUUUCUGGUAGGAGCACUCCUCAAUUGGAGAGAUCAGUUAGGAUAUGUCCAUCACGGCUUGAAAUUGUUAAGUGAAGACUGGAUGUGGUUUGGGGUAUUUGGGAGUUUAUUGCUGUUCGUUGGAGGAUUAAUGAACGUGGUAAAAGUGUUCAAGAUGCAACAAAUGAGUGGAUUGAGGCUAGAAAAGCUACGGGGCGGAGCACAGGACCGAUUGAUGCAAGAAAGAGAAGGGCAAAUGCCACUGCUAAUAGAAGAGCAAAGGCAAAGGAGAAAGUUGCCGGUGGAGGAGGGGCAAAUGCCAUUGAUAAUAGAAGAGCAAAGGCGAAGGAGAAAGUCGCCGGUGGAGGAAACAACAUCUACUACCGUUGCCCCAACUCCUUACAAGGAUGUUCUUGUUGGUCAGGCUUGAGAGUUAAUGACUCUAUGCUGCGAUUGGACAGUCAUGUGACAUGAGGCUAGAUAGAGGAUUUGCAAUUUAGCUCAUUCUUGCUGCCUUAUUAUAUGGUGCUGAUUUAUGUGCUUAUAGACAAAAACUGUAGAGGGAAUAGUAUAAUAUACUUGAAUUUGAUGUUGAAUAAUGUGGAUCAUGAUCAACGUACUUAUUUGAUUCAAGGUGGAAGGUACCACCUAAAGUUGGCACCAAUUUUCACUUAGGCAUCUGAAGUAGGUAUCUGAAGUAGGUGGUUGUUCAUUUUAAACACCUCAAGUAGGACCUCCCAUUGCCAUUUUGAUGCAGAGUUGGCAUAUUAUGUGUGUUGCACUGAUCCCAUUGCCAUUUUGACGCAGAGUUGGCAUAUUAUGUG